AUGCAUCUUCCUAGCCAUGUACUCAGACAGUUUGGGGAAGUACAAGUUAUUUUGGAUGUGAUAUCUUAUUUUGCUUGCACUACUCGAGAGAUUAGACAUGGAAGUGGUCCUAGGGGGCAAAGGAGAGGUGGAUAUGGUGGAGAUGGAGGAUGUAGGGGUGGAGGAGGUAGAGGUGGAGGUGGUAGGGAUGGAGGUGGUAUAGGUGGAGGUGGUGGAGGUGGAGGUGGAGGUGGUAGGGAUGGGGGAGGUAUAGAUCUAAUAACAAUGGUUACAGAGCAAGUGGAUAGUGGAGAGGAGGAUGUGGAUAUUAGUGGAGAGACUGCAUCCAUGAAAAAUUAUGAUGAGAGUGAUGAGUCAGGAUCAGGUUCAUCAAGUAGUGGUGGAGAUGGGGGUGGGGAUGAUGGAUAUGAUGUGGAGAUGCCCCAAGUUACAAAGUCUGUAGGUGCAGAGAGAGGAGAUGAGGAGUGA